AUGAAAAUUUAUCAAUAUUUUCUAUCACUGAUAUUUCUUUUAUCAUGUAAAGCAUGGAAAUCAUCAGUUUCUGCCUUUUAUUUUGAUCUAGAUAAUUACACUUCUGUCGUAGAUGCCAGCGAAUUAGUUGCACAAGGUUUAAUGGAUUAUUAUAAUGGUCUAGACUAUGGUGAGACCAUUGGGAUGUUUACAGCACCAUAUUAUUGGUGGGAAGCAGGCGCAGCUUGGACUUGCAUGUUAGACUAUUGGUUUAUUCUUCAAAAUGAUACUUACAACACAUUAAUCAACCAGUCCUUAUUGUACCAAACAGGUGAAUACAAUAAUUAUAUUCCCUUAAAUCAAUCAACCACAGAAGGUAAUGAUGAUCAAGCAUUUUGGGGGAUUGCUGCCAUGACUGCUGCGGAGAGAAAUUUUACUAACCCACCAGAUGAUGAACCACAAUGGCUAUAUUUGGCUCAGGCUGUUUUCAACACCAUGGCUUUGAGAUGGGACAAUACCACCUGUGGUGGUGGGUUAAGAUGGCAAAUUUUUGCCUGGAAUAACGGUUAUGAUUAUAAAAAUAGUGUUGCAAAUGGUGCGUUAUUCCAUCUCAGUGCUAGAUUGGCGAGAUAUACUGCAAAUAAUUCAUAUGUUGACUGGUCCGUUAAGGUCUACGACUGGAUGAAAUCUAUCGGCUUAAUUAAUGAGACUUGGUGGUUUGUUUAUGAUGGUGCCAAUAUUAAUGGCACCGAAUGUGAAACUCCAGAAUAUUUACAAUGGACUUAUAAUCAGGGAUUAGUUUUGGCAGGUUGCGCCUAUUUAUACAAUUAUACCAAUGAAACAUUAUGGUACAAUAGGACCAUGAAAUUUUUAGAAGGGUCAUCUGUUUUUUUCAAUUCGACUACCGGGGUUAUGUACGAGGCAGCUUGUCAAGGUGCUGGCUCAUGUAAUACAGAUCAGCGGUCCUUUAAGUCUUCAUUCGCUAGAUUUUUAGGUCUGACUGCCCAAUUAGUCCCAGAAACCAGUGAUAGAAUCUUAUCGUGGUUGAAUAUUAGUGCGUAUAACGUUGCACAAAGUUGUACUGGUGGUACUGAUGGUCAUACCUGUGGGUUGAACUGGUUUAACAUUGGUUGGGAUGGUUAUUAUGGUUUAGGUGAACAAAUGUCUGCAUUAGAGGUUGUUUUAAAUACCCAAAUUUUACACAGACCUGCUCCAUAUACUGCAUUUGAUGGUGGUUCUUCUAAAGGUAAUGGUUCUGCCGGUACUGAAAGUCAUCCAACCAAUUUAUCACCAUUGACUAUCGAUAGGGGUGAUAAAGCUGGUGCCGGAAUUAUAACAGCGGUGGUGGGUAUAUCAUUGAUUGCGGCGGGUGUAUGGUUGGUUGUUUAG